AUGGCCACUGACGAUAGUGGCGAUCCCGCGCAACACUUUUUGCGUCUAUCUGAUAUUGCACAAGAACCACGUGAAAUGCUCAUGCCAAUCAGUGGCUAUGAGAAUGUACCACUUGUACCACUUGAAAGUGUUGUCGAACCUCUCAUUCGUCUUUUACCCGCCAUUCAAAGCUAUGCUUAUGCUGCUAAAAAACGAUGUAAAAGGCCACCACCUGAUGGAUUAACUGUCGAUGAGUUUGCUUCAAUCAUGCUCUACUCGAUGAGUUGGAAACCAUCUGACAAAUGCCUCUAUCAUGCUUUAAAUGCUACUCUGCGAUUGGAGGAGAGAGAAAAACUCGAACCCUGGUUCUUAUAUCUUAAACUAUUUCUCACUGCACUGUCACGACUUCCAUCCCAACGUGGUACUGUCUUUCGUGGUGUUAAACUAGAUCUACAUAACAAGUACCCGAAAGGCGAAACAACUACCUGGUGGGGUUUCUCUUCAUGUACUGCCUUGAUUGAAGUUCUACAAUCUGAGCUCUUUUUGGGCAAAACAGGAACAAGAACAAUGUUUACGAUCGAAUGUGAUUCGGGCAAAGACAUAAGAAAACAUUCAUUUUAUCCAAAAGAAGAUGAAAUAUUACUUCUUGCUGCCACACAAUUUAAAGUUAUCGGUUGUUUGGAUAAUGGCAAUAAUUAUUACACAAUCCACUUGAAAGAAAUGAAAUCUCAAUUUCCUUUAUUGCUACCAGUGACACCCCUCUAUGAUUCAAAUGAGCCUUAUUUUUUCAUUGCAGGUGCUUCGACAAAAGCUGCGGUGGACGUGACCAAAAUAGAGAAAGAAGAACACACCAGUAAACUUCAAGUAAUUUAA